UUUUCGAAACACAUUCCUUAAAGCUGACAAUAGUAAUUAAAACAUUUUAAAAUCACUAAAACUAAGACAUUUGUUUUGUUCAGGAAAAACCCUGUAUCUGACCACAUUAUGUACCUUUUUUUAGAGUUAUGCCACAUGUGCUUUGGGGAUACAUUUUGUUGGCUAUGUAAUGAUUUGCUUUGGUGCCACAACUUCCCUAUUCUCUAUACUUUUUGGGAAGCUGUCACAAUACAUUGGAAGAGAAGCAUUAUUUCAUUUGGUAAGGGGGGACAAUGUAAACACCAGACGAUACAUUUUAACAUAUCAACAAUCACUUUGAUGAUCCACUUCUACUUACGGUAUUAGUGUAACUCUCUUCCAGCUUCAGUGACACGCAGCCCUUAGCCUGGCUCUGUUGUUCUGGAGGCCUCACCCAGACCAGCUGCCUGUGUUAUUUGUGUUUCCUGCUCUCUGGGGCAAUGCAGAUGCUGUAUGGCAGACACAAAUCAAGGGUGAGUUACCCUUUUCCUGUAGUCAUGAUUGCCUAACCUUUAAUAAUGUGUGACCAACUAGGUAUUGAAUCCAGGUCACCCACAUGCCUCAAGACUGUUAGCCCUCUGAGCUAAAAAAAAAAAAAAAAAAAAAAACUGUGCUGUGCAUUUAUUCUGGAAGCUAACAGUUUUCAGACAAGGUUACUGACCUGUCCAUAGUUCACUGAGCCACCGAUGUUAUAACUUUUACCGGCUGUUCAGAUGGAACAAAAAAUGUAAGCUUUCUUUCCAUUUUUCAGCAUUCUAUGGAGUUCUUUUUUAUGACCAGAAGGAGGUAGCAUUUGCUAACUAUCGACUAUGGGAGUCCGUGGGAUUUGUAGUGUUUUAUGCGCUCAGAAACUUCCUCUCUGGAAAUCAAGCUCUACAUCCUGGCUGGAGUUCUACUUGUGGCAGUUGUACUCUAUGGUGGGGUGGAAUUCAAAAGAGAAAAAAUUCUACAGAGGGGGAAAUUAAGUCCAAACCUUAGAGGGAUAUAACAUUGACCCGACCACAGAAACUACAAGACGUAGUAGAAGUCUACAAAUCUUGACUGUAUUAAAUAGACAAUGUGGAAUACAGCUCUCAUGUAAAUAGAUAUGUAUGCUGUGAAAAUUAUGAGAAAUAUACAUACAAUUUUUAGUAUGUCAAGUAUAGGUUAUAUGUAUAGCGGUCCCUUAUGUUGGUAGCGGGGUCAACAUGGUUCUUUUUACAUGGUUGAAAUAGUGUAUUACUGCCUAUUAACUGAUGUUACCCGCUACCAAAGUAUUUCGGUAUGAAUGUGGGUAGCAAAAACAACAACUUGAACUUCAUGUAUUCAGUAUUCACCAGUAAAAGUGGAAGUGGGAAAAACUUUUUUUCGGAAAAAAUCGUUGACUAUAUCUUCAAAUGUCGGCUAAUUGACUUCAAAUCGAAUUGAAGUCACAUCCAUUGUUACUGUAGGCUACAUUGAAUCAUGAAAAACUGACCUCCACCUGUCCUGCUCGAACCACAUGACUAGGCUACACUCUUUCGCGCGGCAGUGGGUUCACCUAGCAACACGGAUGACCGGCAGGCGUAGAGGUCUUAAUAACACUCGCAGAACUGAAGAAAACUCGGGACCGGGCGAGAGGUGCCUGUGUUUAAAAAGAAGAGAUCUCUCAUCAAGUGAAGGAUCAGACUGUUGCUUACCUGGUAUGGCCGCAGGGGUGUGUGGCCCCACACCCCUGGUGUUCCGGCUACACGAGGGAGCCCCAGAGCUGGUGAGAGAGGUGCUGCUGGAAAGAGGCUGGGAGGAGUAUGACGAGCAGGAGCAGGAGGAGGGAGACUGGAACCUCUACUGGCGCACCUCAGCCUUCCACAACUCAGACUAUGAGAACAUACUGCCAUGGCAGAGACUCAACCAUCACCCCAAGACUGUGGGCAUCACCCGCAAGGAUUGCCUGGCCAGAAACCUGAAGAGAAUGAGAGGGACGUUCGGCUCGGGUCUUUACAACUUCAGCCCGACAACUUUCAUCCUCCCCAAUGAUUACACCAGGUUUCUGGCAGAGUACACCAAGCAUCGUUUGAAGAAUGGAGGCAGGUCGUGGUAUUGGAUCUGCAAGCCAGUGGAUCUAUCAAGAGGCAGGGGCGUCUUUAUCUUUGAGGACAUCAGAGACUUGGUGUAUGACUCCUCAGUGAUCGUUCAGAGAUACAUCAGCAAUCCUCUCCUCAUCUCAGGGUACAAAUUUGACCUUCGGAUCUAUGUUUGUGUGAAAAGUUUUCAGCCCCUCACCAUCUACAUGCAUCAGGAGGGAUUGGUACGCUUUGCGACUGAGAAAUACAAUUUGACAUCUUUGGACAACCUUUAUUCUCACCUGACCAACACGAGCAUUAAUAAGUUUGGCCCCUUCUACACAACAGACAAAGAGAGAGUGGGACAAGGAUGUAAGUGGACUAUGAGUAAAUUCCGCUGCUUUCUUCAUAGCCAAGGUAUCAAUGAACUGUUCCUCUGGCAAAAGAUCAACAACAUUGUCACACUAACUUUGCUCACCAUAGCCCCAUCCGUACCUUCCAGUCCCAACAGUGUUGAGCUCUUUGGGUUUGACAUCCUAAUUGAUGCCAAAUUUAAGCCAUGGCUACUAGAGGUUAACUACAGCCCUGCUCUCACCAUCGACUGCCAAGUAGACGUGACAGUCAAGAAAGUACUUCUCAAUGAUCUGGUUGAUCUGAUGAACUACAAGUCCAUGGACAGCGUUAGACAGAGAGGAUAUCUCAAACAGAAGUACAAACGCCCCUGCUAUCUAGGCAGCCAGUCUCUGCAGUCCCCAAUGUUGCUCCCCAAGUCUAGGUGUGAGCACCACCCAGCAAACAAGAAAAGUCUCAGCAUCCAUUCUACG